AUGGCUAUGUUUCACUCUUUGAUUUCUUUUGCCUUUUUCAUGUUGCUUCUCAUACAAGCCAUGGGAGGCGGCAUUGACCCAAACUGGUACGAUGCUCGUGCAACCUUCUAUGGUGAUGCCUCUGGUGCUGCUACCAUGCAAGGGGCUUGUGGCUAUGGCGAUCUCUUCAAACAAGGGUAUGGGCUUGCGACCACAGCACUAAGCUCAGCUCUAUUCAAUAAUGGAUUUACUUGUGGUGCGUGUUUUCAGUUAAUGUGUGUCAACGAUCCUCAAUGGUGCAUAAAGGGUGCAAACCCAAUCACCGUGACUGCAACAAAUUUUUGUCCUCCAGAUUACUCCAAACCCACAGACAUUUGGUGUAAUCCACCACAAAAACACUUUGACUUGAGUUACAAAAUGUUCACCUCUAUUGCUUAUUAUAAAGCCGGUGUCAUCCCUGUUAAAUAUCGUCGUGUUCCAUGCUCCAAAAGUGGAGGUGUUAGGUUUGAACUCAAAGGAAACCCUAAUUUUUUGCUUGUUUUAGUUUACAAUGUUGCCAAUGCUGGUGAUGUUACUCAUGUGAGUAUUAGGGGGUCUAAGACUGGUUGGAUUUCCAUGUCACACAAUUGGGGACAAAAUUGGGAUGCUCAUGGGCAAUUUGUAGGACAAUCCUUGUCAUUUCUUGUUACAACAAGUGAUGGAAAAACUUUGGGUUUUCCGUUUGUUGCUCAUUCCAAUUGGCAAUUUGGACAGACAUAUGAGGGCCAUCAAAAUUUUUAG